AUGGCCAACAAAUUUCAAAGGCUAAUUCGUUUUGAAGAUACAGAGGGCCGCGUGCUUUAUGGGGAAGCGCCAUCUUCAGAGGAAUUGGCCGGUCAAGAGGUUCCAGUUUAUUCCGGUCAUGAUCCUUGGAACUUGGAAGCUACUGAAACAGUCGCCAAAGUAGCAAAAGUAUUGUGUCCUUUAUUACGGGUCCCAAUCAUCUACGGAAUUGGGCUCAACUACAAGACACACAUCCUGGAGGCCGGCUUUCCCACUCCAAAGCACCCUACCGUCUUUACGAAGCCACCAGAUGCACUGAACGGGCCUUUCGAAGACGUCAGAGUGCACCCGGAUUGCACAAACAUGGACUAUGAGGGCGAGCUGGCAGUAAUCAUUGGAGAGGACUGCAAGAACACUACUUCCAGUGAAAAUGCUCUCAAUCAUGUGCUGGGCUACGCCGUUGCAAACGACGUAAGCAGUCGGUAUUGGCAACUCCCGGAAAUCAGCGGCCAACAACAUGGGUACGCCAAAAGCUUUGAUGGGUUCGCUCCUUUAGGACCCGUUAUUGUCUCGCCUACUGUGCUGAGUGACGUGGAUCAUCUUACUCUGGUGACCAAGGUUAACGGCGAAGAGCGGCAGCGGGCACGCUUGGACGUUCUCUUGUUCAGUGUCGGUGAUCUCAUUGUCCACUUGAGUCGCGGAACCACGCUGCGCGCCGGGACUGUUAUACUGACUGGUACCCCAGGUGGAGUUGCAGCUUUCAUGAAGCCACCGGCAUGGUUGAGGGAUGGGCAUACUGUAGAGGUCAGCAUUUCCAACAUUGGAACCAUCAAGAAUCGUAUGAUAUUUGAGGACGCGAGACAAUAG